AUGUUGACCCUCACUCUCACAGCGGACCUGACAGGCGUGACGGACCUGAGACCGGAUGAUACGCCUGACAACCCUUUCUGGUAUACGUUCAAAGUCCAGUGUGGCUCUUGUAGAGAGAUCCACCCAAACUUUGUCAACGUGAACCGCUUUGAAGCAAAUGAAAUGCAAGGUAGUCGAGGAGAAGCCAAUUUUGUCUGGAAAUGCAAAUCUUGCAAGAGAUCGUCUUCUGCAACUAUCACCAUUGCACCAAUACCAUAUGAGCAGAAGUCGCCACCAACUCGGCAAAAAGUCAUUGAAUUUGACUGUAGGGGUCUUGAGUUUACAGAGUUCAAACCAGAGGGCGAUUGGUUGGCUACUGGUGUGGACUCUAACACAAAGUUUACUGCUAUUGAUCUCACAGAGGGAGACUGGUUCGAUUAUGAUGAGAAGGCUGUUCAUGCCAAUCAACCCGCGGCCCAUGCUGCAAGGCCUGUACGUCCCUCCCCCAAGACCACCCAACCCACUCUGAACCUCCCGCAAGCACGGCUGGAACAGAACGCUGAUGGAAAGCGUGAUAGUGUUAACGACGAAGUCAUCAUCCGCCUUAAAUGGGGCCAGACCGAGUACAAGGGUCGUCUUGUUAGUAUCGACAGUUAUAUGAACAUCCAGCUUUCGAAUGCGGAAGAGUGGAUUGAUCAGCAGAAGACGAGUGAUCUGGGACAGGUUUUGAUCAGAUGUAACAACGUUUUAUGGAUCCAAGGCGCGAACCAGAAUAAUGGGGAUACGAAGAUGGAGGGUUGA